AUGCCCGAAUAUGGGAGAGUCGUUUUAACGUUAAGUAAUGUUUUAUUACCACCAGAAAAACUUUAUCCAAAUCCAACACCUUCAAUUAUCGAGGGUUUACCUUACGAUGUUGAAUAUGAUUUAAGAUUAAUCGGUUGUGAACUUAUACAAUCGGCAUGUUUAUUAUUAAAAUUACCACAAACAGCUGUAGCAACAGGCCAAGUAUUAUUCCAUCGGUACUAUUAUUCAUCAUCGUUCGUUCGUCGUCCAAUGGAAAUAUUUGCAAUGGCUUGUACAAAUCUUGCAGCUAAAAUCGAAGAAAAUGCUCGUCGAAUACGAGAUGUGAUCAAUGUGUUUCAUCAUAUUAAACAAGUUCGAUCGGGAAAAACUAUUCGUCCAUUAUUGGUUGAUCAAGCUUAUAUUGAUCGAAAAGGUGAAGUUAUUAAAGCUGAAAGACGUGUACUCAAAGAGCUUGGAUUUUGUGUUUAUGUUAAACAUCCACACAAAAUGAUCACAAUGUAUUUGAAAGUGCUAGAAAAAGAACGUGAAAAGAAUCUUGUACAAACUGCUUGGAAUUAUAUGAAUGAUAGUUUACGAACAGAUAUUUUUCUACGCUUCACUCCUGAAACGAUUGCUUGUGCCUGUAUUGAUUUAGCAGCACGUACUCUUCAAAUCGCAUUACCAAAAAAUCCUCCAUGGUAUAUUAUAUUUGGUGCAAAACAUGAUGAGAUUCAUUUUAUUAUGAUAGCUAUUCUUCGCUUGUACAACCAUCGACCAAAAUCACUGGAUGAUCUUGAAAAAAAUGUGAAUACACUUCGUGAAAAACGAGAAGAUGAAAGGAGAAAAUUACGACCUGACACAAGUCAACCAGUUGAGUUAGGCAAUGAUUCACCAUCUCAACAACAAAUCGCUCAAAAUUCUAUAGUAUCAUCGGUCGUGAGUACAACAAUGACUGUUGUACAACAACAACAACAUAUUGCAACUGUGAUUUCAACGAUACAAGAAACAACAAAUGUAACAACGACAGCAACAACAAAUGGAAAAGUGAUUAAAAAACAUGAUAAAGGAAGCUCAAUAGAAUCGUCAACAGUGAAUCAACAUCGACAUCAUCAUUCAAGACGAAAACGAAGUGGUACAAGAAGCAGAUCAUCGUCUCGAUCAAGUUCACAUUCUUCAACUCGUCGAUUGCAUAAGAAAAAGAAAACUACUCAUCGAAGUCGUUCGCGAUCUCGCUCAUCAACACCCAAAAGACGAAAACAUCAAAAAGACAAACGACAUCGUAGUCGUUCAUCGAAUCAUCGAAAAAAAGAUAGAAAACGACGAUCACGUUCAUCAUCAUCCGAAGAAAGUCCUUAUUCAAAGAGUAACAAUAAACAUCCACUAUCAACUAAGGAUACCAAUCAUAAUCUACAUCAACGUUCACAUCAUCAUCAUCAUUCAUCGAAACAUUCAAAUGGUGUUUCUUCGUCAUCGUCAUCACACAAAAAGUUAAAACACUAG